CUUGGUAACGACGUGGCGUCGUUAGAAACGUCCUCGCUCCUUGCUCUAGGGCAAAAUAAAUAAAUAAAUAAAUACAUAAAUAUAACCACCAACAGUGAAGGUGAAAGAUACAUGCUGCGAAUAUCUGCUUUUAUUUUUCAGUAUCUUUGUAGCAAUCAGUUUAGGUUGUGUAAAUAUGAAUUACAGCAGGAAAACGCUGAUUUCAGACUGGCACAAAAACAGGGAGGCAGAGCCAAAAGACUAUGAUAUCUCUGCAUGUCGUGAUGGACAAAGAAAAUUACACAAGUCAACAUACAAACAUUUUGGCACACACUUAGAUGCAGACUGGAGAACAACAACCCAAAUGGCUCAGUCAAAGAAAGAGCAUGAGGCCAAGGACACUGCAAAAUCAAUGGUGCAGGCUGACUAUUUCCACUCACUGGUGUUUGAUAGAGAAACAGGAAUAUCAGACACAGCUGGCAAAUCCAUCCUAUCCCGCUAUCAACCAAGCUGUACUGAAAAUGAGUUAAUUACUACGUAUGCAUUGGAUUACGUUCCACCUCGUUUUACCACCAAGCAGGCAAUGCCACCCAAGGAACUGAUGGACAGGAAGCUGGAUUUCAGAAGACACCAGUCUCAAUUUACUGAUGUGGCAGAUCAUCGGCGGUGGGGCCGGAAUACCUGGCAGGACUUUAAUAAUGCACAGGCUGUAGUCAAAGGAGUGGCAAAGUCCUUGUAUAGACAAAGGAACCUUUCAUGUCCAUAAGAAUAGUCUCCAUUCUCAUACUUGUUUUGGAUUAAGUAGGACAAUAUUUAAUCAUCAUGUCUGACUUUGUUUUUCUUUUUAUCAUUCAUAACUUUCUAAUGCCCAAAAAUGCUUAUUUAUGGAGUAUAUAUAGAUAAGUCAUCUACACCACCCACCAUGUCCCAUCACACAUACAAAACUUAUAUAAACAUUGUAUAGGCCAGGUCAGUGCUGGAAUUUGCUUUCUUUUCCAAUGGGAACUGCAUACUGGUGAAAUAAAUCUAUUUCUUCAUUGCUUUA